AUGGCUGUCCAUGGCUUCCUACCGCUCGUCUCGGCCGUCUUUGGCUGGAUCUACUUCACCCUCUGGAGCCUGUCCUUUUACCCCCAGGCGCUGCUCAACUUUCGCCGGCGCUCCACGACCGGCACCACCGUCGACUUUCCCUUUCUCAACGUCCUGGGCUUCUCCUCGUACUUUGCCUCCAACCUCGCGCUGUACUACUCCCGCGCCGUGCGCCGGCAGUACGCCGCGCGCAACGACGGCCUCACCCCGACCGUGCAGCUCAACGACGUCGUCUUCGCCUUCCACGGCCUCCUCCUCUCCGUCAUCACCGCCUCGCAGUACCUCCUCGGCACCUCCCUCUGGCGCUUCCCCCCACGCCAUCAACCGGGCACGCGCCCGAGCCGCUUCGCCACCGGCCUGACCGUCGGCGCCCUCCUCGGCGUCCUCGGCGUCUACCUCAUCGUCCUCCGCUCUGCCGCCGGCCGGCCGCCGAUCGACCCGGCGACCGACUGGUGCGACAUCGACGUCGUCUACGCCCUCGGGUACGUCAAGCUCGCGGUGACGCUCAGCAAGUACGCGCCGCAGCUGCUGGCCAACGCGCGCAACCGCAGCACCGAGGGCUGGAGCAUCUGGCAGAUCCUGCUGGACCUGGUGGGCGGCGUGCUGAGUAUUGCGCAGCUGGGGAUUGACAGCUACCUGCAGCGCGACUGGAGCGGCAUCACGAGCAACCCGGCCAAGUUCGGGCUCGGCCAGAUCAGCAUCUUCUUCGACCUGCUGUUCAUGCUCCAGCACUACGUCCUCUAUCGCAAGAAGAGCGUUGACGGGCGCGUCGGUGGCGGCGGGGACGAGACGGAGCGGCUGCUGCCGCCGGGGCAGGAGAGACGAUUGGAUUGA